AUGCUGCCGCUGCUCGUGCCGCUGAUGGGCCUGGCGCUCGCCUACUUCGCGCUGCUGGACGGCUGGUACCUGCUGCGCGUGCCGUGCGCCGUGCUGCGCGCGCGCCUGCUGCGGCCGCGCGUGCGGGACCUGCUGGCCGAGCAGCGCUACUCGGGCCGCGUGCUGCCCUCGGACCUGGACCUGCUGCUGCACAUGAACAACGCGCGCUACCUGCGCGAGGCCGACAUGGCGCGCGCCGCGCACCUGGCGCGCUGCGGGGUGCUGGGGGCGCUGCGCACGCUCGGGGCGCGCGCCGUGAUGGCCGCCUCGUGCGCGCGCUACCGCCGCUCGCUGCGCCUGCUCGAGCCCUUCGAGGUGCGCACCCGCCUGCUGGGCUGGGACGACCGCGCCUUCUACCUGGAGGCGCGCUUCGUCAGCCGGCGCGACGGCUUCCUGUGCGCGCUGCUGCGCUCCCGCCAGCACGUGCUGGGCGCCUCGCCGGCGCGCGUGGUGCAGCACCUGUGCAAGCGCAGGGUGGAGCCGCCCGAGCUGCCCGAGGACCUGCAGCACUGGGUGGCCUACAACGAGGCCAGCAGCCGGCUGCUCCGGGCCGAGAGCGGGCUCCAGGAAGACGUGGUCAAGGACCAGUGA